UCUGUGGGGCUCUGUCCAGUACAUAUGGUACAGUAGGGUACGGGAGGUGCAAGCUGAACGAGCGCAGUAAGAAGUUUUGUCGCGCGCCGUUUUGCUGUGUGUUGUUGGUGGGUGCCAGGAUUCUACUAAUGGCUUGUAACGACGAUGAGUGCGAGCCAGUACUAGCGACCAGUGACCGACAAAUCUACUGUGCAUCCAACACGUGCUGUGCUAACGGCUCUGGCAGUGUCAUAAAGGAUCUCCACUUCUACAGGUUCCCAGAGGACGCCAAACGCUGUAGGCAGUGGAUAGAAAACUGUGGAAACUAUGCACUGUCUGCAAAACCUGUGGCAGAUGUGUGCCAUAGUAACUAUUUGUGCAGAACGCACUUCGACGCGACCCAGUUUGAAUUAAACGAUGGCUCCCGCCGUUUAAAACCCGACGCUGUACCGACUGUCUUUACGCCUGUCAAUUUCCAACACUUGGAAAUGGACCACGACUAUUUAACUGUAUCGCCGUGUGUCAUUAAGCAGCCUCUUAAAGCGAAGUCGCCCACUGUACUAAGGGUUGUGCCGCAAGGAGUUACCAGAUUGAAAAAUUCGCCAAGUGAAGGUUCACAAGCAGCACUGCGAACGUCAGCCGAGGGUUCUGAGUCGAUUGAGAGGACGACGUCUAACAACAGCAUGGACCUUUCUGGCACAAAUGAUGUAGAUACAGCUGAACUGCCGCCAACAGCCGUGACGCAUGCUCAACCCCACGCAACAGUAGCGGCAGCAGUGCCGCUGAAGGUUGUGUCUGGUGCUCCGCACAGAAGACAACAAAUAGGCCAUCUGCAGCGAAAACAACCUAUAUUGCUAACCCGGCGCCUUGCGCCAUCUGCCAAAGAAACUCCUCUGCAGAAAUACAUGCUACUUUGUGCAGAAUUUAAAAGUGAGCUGAAGUUGUUAGAGAAACGCAAAGAAACCUUGGAGAAAUUGUUUGCAGGUGUCCAGGAGCUAUUGUUUCAAGAAGCAGAACUGCUGAAUACGGAGGACACCGCACUUUUAGUGGGUUCUCUUGUGAAAUUUCAGCAUGAGCGGUAUUGCCGAAAGCCAGAAGGUCUGAUUGAAAAAGUGCUGUGCUCAGUGUGGUCAAAAUAUCGGAAGAAACAGCCACGAAAGGUGCAGCAACGACCAUUUGCUCAAGUUGCAGUCUUUGUUCUGGACAAGUCAAAACCAGGGCGAGUCAUUCUCGGGAAGCGCAAGAACUUUCUUGGUGGAGGCUUGUACCAGGUUCCUUGUGGAGAAAUUGAAUUUGGAGAGACAUGGGAAGACGCAGCAUGUAGAGAGGUUUUUGAAAGUACAGCAAUACAUGUUCGCGAUUUGUCAGUGUGUUCUGUUGUAGACACUGUGGAGCAGACUGCAGGCUAUCAUGCAGUGACAGUGUUUAUGCGAGGCUCUGUAGAUGGUAGCCAAGCAGCACAGCCUGAAGCGAUGCAACCUGACUUAUGUGACUCAUGGCACUGGAGGCAGUGGCAAGAGCUGCCAAGCCUGAAUGAACUGCACUGGCCUCUUAGAGACUAUAAAGCUGAAGGUUUGCAGCCUUUUCCCUGAUGCGAUUUGCUGGACAUUGGUAAUGUUUCUCUGUAUUGUGGGCUUUACGGCCAUAAGGUCUACAUUUGCUUAUUGCAAUAUUUUUCUGUAUAUGAACUUGGCUACUGUGUCUUUAUUGGAGCCUAAUUUUUUAUAUAAUUGUAUGUUUUAGCAUUCGUGUGUGUAGAUGGAAGUCACAUUGAAAAAUGUGGUUUAUCAAGUAUACACCAAGAAUUCAGUUGUAAGAACUGUAAAUCAGGUGUUCUGCAAAAAUCCCUCUGGGUUUUACGCAGAGAAGGCAGCUCCUGCAUUUUAAAGAGGCCCUGCGACCAUUUUAUACUAGCUAAGUUCUGCAUCACUGUGUGUUCCUUGUGUUAUCCUGAGGGGAAUAAAAAAAGAAUUACGAUAAUUGAAGCGGCCAAACAGGUUUUUCAAGUUCCAAAUUCAAAAUAAAAGCAGACAGGAUUAAAGAGGCAUACCUUUUCGCAUUUCACUUGCCCACUAAGGACUCAUGCUGCUUCUAAACAAAAUGCGUCUUGCAUCACAAGUUACCGGAAGUUUUCCCAUUGUAGCCCUUCCCCUCAUAACCUUGCUUGAUAUGGUGGUGCCAUCUAAGGUGCCUGAAAACCCAUCUUCUCACGCACAGUAAAUUUGAUGACUAGCCAUUGGAUGCUUGUAAAUAAUAUACGGAAUGAACUUUACACACUGUUCAUUACA